ACAUUUAAUUAAAAAAAUAAAAUAUAUAUUUAUAUUAUCCGCUAACAAGAAAUGAUGGUGUAGCUAGCUAGCUAACGUUAGCUUUAGAUCUAGCUAGCUAGCUACGCAGUUAUUUGCAGUGGGGAAUAUCUGACAAGCUAGCUAACAUUAUGAUUGGUAGCUAGUUAGCUACGACAAUGCAUCAGCUGACAUGAUUCUAGUGUUAGCCUGUGUAUGUUGGAAGAAUGUUUAGAUUGUGUAAUUCAAGUCUUAUGUCAUUUGAACUGCUUGCCUGAUGUGAUUAACGUUGUAGCUACAGUAUUUGUUAGGCCUUUUUUUCGCCUACGACGAGAUACCUACAUUAGCCAACUGGCUAACGUUAGCUAGCUAACUGAGUUGAGUGACUGCAGCUGUGCCAGUAGCAGCGCGAGUUAGGCCGCAGCAUCCUCGGCACCUCACUACCCAUGGUAGGCUCUGUUUUCUUGCAGAAUGGCGCCUCGCGUACAGCUUGAGAAAGCAGCCUGGCGCUGGGUCGAGUCGGUGAGACCAGAGGACAUACAACGGGAACAUAUUGAGAUAGCUUACCGAAUCUGUGUACCGGCGUGCAAGAGGGGAGCAUGCAGGAGGAAUUGCAAGGGGAACCCAAAUUGUCUUGUCGGUAUUGGGGAACAUGCCUGGUUGGGAGAGAUUGACGAGAACACCUUCCACAACAUUGACGAUCCUAACUCGGAGCGCCGGGACAAGAACACGUUUGUGGGUCUGACAAACCUGGGCGCCACAUGUUACGUCAACACCUUUCUGCAGGUGUGGUUUCACAACCUGGAGCUGCGUAGGACCCUGUACCUGUGUCAGAACGCCAGGGCAGAGGAGCACAACAUGGACUCAGACUACGAGCCUCGCAGCAUAUGUGAACACCUGCAGUACCUGUUUGCACUGCUACAGAACAGCAACAGAAGGUACAUAGACCCCUCAGGGCUGGUCAAGGCUCUGGGGCUGGACACAGGACAACAGCAGGACGCUCAAGAGUUUUCCAAGCUCUUCCUCUCGCUAUUGGAGGACACCUUAUCCAAACAGAAGAACCCAAACCUGCAUAAUGUCAUCCAGCAGCAGUUCUGUGGCCAGAUGUCUUACGUCACUGUGUGUAACCAGUGUGGUCGUGCUUCUCCUCUGCCGUCCCGAUUCUACGAACUGGAGCUCAACAUCCAGGGCCACAAGAACCUUACAGAAUGUGUUACAGAGUUCCUCAAGGAGGAGAAGUUGGAUGGUGACAACCGCUACUUCUGUGAAAGCUGCCAGAGUAAACAGAACGCCGCUCGACGCAUCAAACUGCACAGCCUCCCACGGGUACUCAACCUGCAGCUCAUGCGUUUCGUUUUCGACAGACAAACGGGUCACAAGAAGAAGCUCAACACCUUCAUCAGUUUCCCAGAGCAGCUGGACAUGGGCCCGUUUCUGGAGGAAAAAGAAGAUGAGAAGUGUGUGUACGAGCUGAGUGCGGUCCUGAUCCACCGCGGGGUCAGCGCCUACUCGGGUCACUAUAUCGCCCACGUGCGAGACGCCCGCACCAGCGACUGGUACAAGUUCAAUGACGAGGAGAUUGAGAAGAUGGAAGGCAAAAAGCUACAGCUGGGCAUCGAGGAGGACAUCGCCGAGACGGUGAAGUCCCAGACCCGUAAGCCCAAGUGCAGUAAAGGAUAUCACUGCUCCAGAAAUGCCUACAUGCUGGUGUACAAAUGCCAGAGAGAGGAGGACACAGACCCCAUGGAGACCAACAUUGAGGUGCCAGGCUUUCUGGGGAGGCUGGUGGACCGGGACAACAGGAAGUUUGAAGAGUGGUGCCUGGAAAUGGCCGACAUGCGCAAGCAGAGCGUCGACAAGGGCAAGGCCAAGCACGAAGAGGUGAAGGAACUCUACGAGCUUUUACCUGCGGAAGACGGCCAAGAGUAUGAGUUUGUGCCUCUGGAGUGGCUGAAGAAAUGGCUGGAUGACUCGACGGUCACCAAAGAAAUCGACAACGGCAACUUCCUGUGUUCUCACGGUAAACUUCACCCAGACAAGGUGGGGGAGGCCAAGAGGAUCUCCGUCAAAGCUGCAGAGCUUCUCUUCGACAAAUAUGGAGGAGGACCCAGGCUAGAUGGCUCAACUCUCUGUGAAGAAUGUGUAGGGCAGAGAUGCAGGGUGCUGCGGCUAAAGAACCAGCUGGCCGAGGAUUACAAAGAAGUCACCAACCUUGUCAAGUGCCCGCCCAAAAGUGAUGAGGGGUACUGGGCGGGCAAGACGUCUCUGCGGAGCUGGAGACAGUUGGCCUUGGAGCAGCUGGAGGAGGAUGAGGAGGAGACCAAACACAGCAACGGCAAAACCAACGGAGAGGGACCAGAGAUCACUGCUACUAAAGAGUAUGGCCCGGAGAACCUGGACGGAGACGAGGAGGAAAUGAAGACCUUCAACGAGGACAUCCUCUGUCGGCAUGGCGGUCUGAGUAUCCUGGAGAGCGAGCGGCGGCUGGUGACUGAGGAGGUGUGGUCCAAACUGAGGGUGUACUUCCCCAAAGCCCCCCAGUUCACCCAGCUACAGGAGCCCUGUCAGCAUUGCUUGAGGCUGGAGCGAGAGGGGAAGGAGAAUGAGGCUCUGAACAGGAUGAUGGCGUCGGAACAGAAGAGCUCCUUACUCAACCUCUUCCAGGAGAAGAACAGGCCCACACUCACCAAGUGGCCACAGGAGACAGAUAUUCUCUACAUAGUUCCUCUGUUCUUUGUAGACGAGUGGAGAAGGUUCAUCAGGAGGCCCACUAAGACCACCCCAGUGUCAAGCGUAGGGAACAGUUUGCUCCUAUGUCCACAUAGAGGCUUCAUGUUCACCUUCGACUCCAUGUUAAAGGGAGACGCCCAACAUAUAGCUCUUCUCUGGCCCGACGAAUGGGAGGUGAUCAGCAGACACUUCCUGGUUGAUCAGCCAAUCUCCAUCUGCCGGAUCAGCGGGGCCACACCCAACGGCUCCAGUGUGGAGUACACCACCCAGCCUGAGUUGUGUAGGGACUGCAGAGAAGGCUUCAUUUUCCAGCAGCAGAGGGACAUGAGAGAGUAUGCACAAGCCACAGUCUACGUACGCAAGGUCAUAGACGACAAGAGGUUGAAGGAUGCAGCUCCUGAGAUGAAUGUGAGCGGGUCGGAGGCAGAGGAUGAGAGGGAGGAGCCUGUUGCUAAGGUGGAUGGAGAGCGAGACCCUGAUUUCAGCCAGUCAGAGGACGGGGCAAAGCGUCAGAAGCUGAGUGACGGCACCGUCAGUGCUGCCGCAAGUCCCACCCCUGUCAGUGCUGCCGCAAGUCCCACCCCCAUGGCCAGUGGUGGCAAAUCGGGGAUCAGGAGGAGCACGAGGCACAGGAAGCUCCGGGGAGAGAAAGCACUCAUCGUCUCAGCCAAUCAGACGCUCAAGGAGUUGAAAAUACAGAUCAUGCACGCCUUCUCCGUGGCCCCGUUUGAUCAGAACCUGUCGAUCGACGGCCGGUGUCUUACGGACGAUUCUGCCACCCUUGGCAGCCUAGGAGUCAUCCCAGAGAGCGUCAUCUGUCUGAAGGCUGAUGAACCCAUAGCAGAUUUUGCAGCAAUGGAUGAUGUUUAUCAGGUGUGUAUGCCUGAAGAAGGAUUCAAAGGGACUGGGCUUCUUGGCCACUGAAGAGAACACAAGUCGCUGCCCUCGAAGCGGACUGAAGCUGGACAACAAGAAUAAAAUGCUUGAAAUAGUGUCCAUGAAUGGGGGAAAAAGUGCUUUAAUUUUUUUCUUUUUUAAACUGUGACUAUGUUGCAAACCCUUUCUUUAUCACAAAAGUAGCGGCUGGCUUUUAAUAUUUAAAGACGUUUAUGCAUUCUCUGGGACUAUGUGGUCACACUCUCUUUGCCCGGACUGUGAGUAGAAACGGGUCAUUAGUUGAGUGGCAUCUUCCAAUAUGGAGCCCAAACUUCUCUCUUCUGUCUGCUUCCGUAGGCUUCUGAGAGGAUAGGCCCAGUCGUAGAAGGUGCCCAUUUUUAUUUCGAUUGUAGGACAAAAUUUUCCUUGAAUUUUACAAGAGAAAUUCUUUUGUUCAAUGGAAGCUUGUGGUCAUAUUUAAAGAAUGCAUAAUACAUAUUUAAAGAAUGCAAAUGUUAAAUAUUGAAAAUUGUAACUGUUCGGUGGUUAAACAACCUCAACAAAGUUAACAAAAUACUCCCUUGUGACAUUUAGGAGAAGAAAAUAUGUAUAUUUCUUAAAUGAGUUAAAAAAAACAUAGGAAAUUUAGAUUAGAUUGUGCUGCAGUCAGAAACCGAUGCAGGCCUUGGUGUGAGCUGUUCUUUUCUCUAUUUCAUAUGGGCAAUAAAGUUAUGUUUUCUUCUAAUUUGAAUGUACAGAUUCUCACACAUUGUUUUGGACUUGUUUGUGCACUGUAGGAAAAUACAAUGGGCGGUUUCCCCGACACACAUUAAGCCUAAUCCUUUGUCCUGGAAACCGCCCCUCUGACCACUGAUAUUGGAUUAAGUAAGUAUAUACUCACAUUUUGUAAUUCAUUCUCUAAUAUACACAGUAAACCAAGUCUGGAUGUAUUGUACUGCAACUACAAGAGUGGAUGGUUGGUGUUUGUAGUUUUAGUACUACUAUUUGCAUAAUUCUCUUUUGCAAUUGAAGAAAAUUAUUUCACUCUAAUUUAAAUUUCUCAUAAGUGAAUAAACAUUGAGCACAGUUGAGUUCUCCCUAAGCACUGAUCUUGAAGUAUUUGUUGACAAAGAGGGUAAACUGAUCCCAGAUUGGUGUCUUUUUAAUGUAAUGAUUUAACAAAAUGCCUUUUGGAGAAUGCACAGUUUGUAGCUCGAGCAGUGGGUGUGUCAACAGAAGUGUAUGGAAAGCUGAUUCAAAUGGCAUUAAAUGUGGAGAAUGAUAGGCUACAUUUGCAUCUGUUGGCAAUUAAGUAGGCUAUUAAUUGGUAUGCCAUAGCGGGUUACUGUACCCUACCAUUUGAUACAAUAAACAUAUUGAAAUGAU